AUGUCUGAACCCCAUCGCACCACAACAGUCUGGGGAAGAAGCUUGGCCCUUGCCAAGGGAAACGAGCCCGAACAACUGGGUCCCAACGCCCAGAAUGCCACCGUUGUCGUUGCUUUGGGGACCCAGGAGAUUGGUAAUCCUUUCAAACUUUUUACCAAAUUCAAGAUGGCAGACAAACCAGAUAUCUCGAUGGUGGACAACCGGAGCAUCGAAGAAGGCGAUCGUCCCGAAAAGCAGAGCGCCUCGAGGGUCAUCGCCAACAUUCACGUUCUUGGACUGACUGAUGAAGAUGCGGAAUUCUACGAGAGUUACCCGCCUGAGAAAAGAUCAAAGCUAGUCAGCAAGGUGGACUGGCGCCUCGUCCCCAUGCUUGCCUGCUUAUACCUGAUCUCUCAACUUGACCGAGCAAAUAUAGGAAACGCUAAGAUCGAGGGUCUAGAUAAGGACCUUGGUCUGUCUGGAGUCCAGUAUAAUAUUUGCAACUCCAUAUUUUUCGUCCCCUACGUCCUACUCGAAGUGCCCAGCAAUAUCCUACUCAAGAAGUUCAGCCGACCAUCAAUAUACCUUGGAAUACUUGUUACAUCAUGGGGAAUCGUCAUGACUUGCCACGGCUUCGUGAAAAACUUUCCUGGUCUCUUGGUUCUCCGCCUCAUCUUGGGAUCACUUGAAGCCGGAUUCUACCCAGGAGCUGUCUACCUGUGCACCUUCUGGUAUAUGCCCAAGGAACUCGCUACAAGGAUUUCCAUUUUCUACUGCGCGAGCUCACUCUCGGGGGCUUUCUCCGGUCUCCUCGCAGCUGGUAUCGCAGAAAUGGACGGAUGGCUCAACCCUGAGGAGAUUCGAUACCUGGAGCUCCAGACUUUCAUCAAGCAAGGUGGUCGUAUGAAUGAAGAGAAGGAAAGCCGAUUCCACUGGGGCGACUUCAAGGCUGUCGUUACCAACCCGAGGAUUUAUGGACAGGCUUACAUCCUUCUCGCAAUCUCUGCUUGCUCAUAUGGCAACAAGUUUACUCUUCCUUCUAUCACCAAGGCUAUGGGCUUCACAAACACCAACGCCCAGUUGAUGACAGCUCCACCAUAUAUUGCUGGAGCCCUGUCAGCUCUUUUCUUCGCCCGUCUCUCGGACUACUACUACUGGCGUAUGCCAUUCGUCGCCAUCCCUCUCAUGCUCAUUGCAGUUGCCUACAGCAUCAUCAUCUCAUUCAAAGGCGACCUUGCUGGUCAUGUUGGCGCAUCCAUGUUCAGCGCCGUGCUAGCCUGCAUAGGUAUCUAUCCUGUUCAGCCAUCAGGUAGCUCAUGGAACGCGAACAACCUUGCUCCGGCUGGUCAAAGGGCUAUAGGCGUUGCUUUUGCUAUCUGCAUCGGUAACGCGGGAGGUAUUAUCGGAAGCUUUAUGUAUCUCGAGAGCGAAGCUCCAGCCUAUCCGACCGGUUUCGGCCUCGCGAUUGCUUUCGGUCUGUCUGGCGUACUGGUUGCUCUUGCAUUGGAGGCGUCUUAUGUUUUGAGCAACAAGAAGAGAGCUAAGAUGUCUGAAGCUGAGAUACGGGCCAUGUAUAGCGAGGAUGUACUUAUCGUCACGCAUCUAUCUCUCGUGGAACAUCAAGGCAUCUACUCAUUUCAUCCGCUCGCCGAGACCUACGACUGUGGCGAUAACCCAGCCUGGAUGGAAUUGGACAAAUCCAGAAGCAUGUUGCUGUGCCUUAACGAAGCCUAUACGCUACCAACUGCUGGAUCCCUAGCGGCACUUGAUCCAGAGACACUCGCCGUGACUAGCAACAUUACCACUUUGCCUCAGCCGGCAGCAGGGCACACGUACGCGCUACAUCGUAUGGCUCUGGCUCACUACGGUGGUGCAGGCCUUUCUGUGAUCGAUACUAGCAAUUCAAGCAAUCUUAUCGAGCUGCAGCGCUUUCAUUACGAGCAUAAGCUGCAGCCAGGACAGUACCCUCCGCUCCAGGACCAGUCUUAUAUCCACGGCGUCGCUAUCGAUCCCACUGGUCGCUUCGUUGUUGCCUUCGACCGUGGCGCUGAUGUCAUUCGGAAGUACAAAAUCGGUGUCUGGGAUGGGCGGCUCGAUGAGCUGGGUUUCCAGCGCGUGGAUCCCGCCAAUGCGACAAACGGGGCUCGACAUGGUGUAUUUGCGAAAGGCAACGCAGGCAAAACUUUCUUGUACGUACUUGGGGAGCUGACGAGCUCCCUGCUGGGUUUCGAGGUCAUUUACAACGAAUCUGCCGGUGAUUUGGAGUUUAAAUCCAUCUACAAGGACAGUAUCUUUCAAACAGGCUUCGGCGACGGUGUUGGGCUAGCCAUUCCUGCGGAGAUUGCGCUUACAGAAGACAAUCACUUAGUAUUGUCCUCGAGGAAUGACACGAAAAGUAUGUACCAGGGAGAACCGAGCGACACGCUGGUCACUUAUGAGAUCGACCUUGACUCUGGCGACCUCAGGCUCAUCCAACUGUCUGCCUCGGGGGGUGAAUGGCCUCGCAGUUUCUCUAUCAGCGCAGACGGAACUCUGGUUGCGGUGGGAAACCAACACUCGAUCCCAGGUAGAAUCACAGUGUUUAGUAGGGAUCCGACUACAGGCAUCAUAAGUGACGAGACGGCGCUCGCUGUCUGGACGUCGUUUGUUGCCUUGCCGGAUGAGCUGUCGACCACUUUGAUUGAAUCGGUCAAGGCAAAGAAGCUUUUGAGCAUAAUCAACAAGGCUGGGAAAAUUGUACACCUAAGCACCGUGAAACAGGACCGGGAUUUCCGAGCUGUGCGGGGACUGAUCGCUUCCCCGGACUUUGUGACGACCCCGGGCCCGUCUCCAAUGGUAAGCCAUCUGGACAGCCAGGAAAGGUUCUACAUAGCAGGCAAAGAUUCAAGUCAUAUCGUCCGGAAAUCAGCGUCUUCCAAUAUGGCCCAAUCCCAGGAUACCCACUCAUUCAAAGUGAUCAUUAUUGGGGCUGGCCUUUCCGGGAGCCUCUUGGCCAAUGGUCUUAUCCACGCCUCUAUUCCCGUCACAGUCUACGAGCGUAGCGAGGAGAACUUUAGCAGUGGAGGCUAUCAGAUCCACCUAGGAGAGUCUGCACUCAUUGGUUUGCGUGCCUGCAUGUCCGAGGCCGAGAUAGCGUCCGUGGUGGCAAAAUUUGGUAGGGCAGGUGGAAGGAAAGGCCAAGCGGCGAUGCUGAGGCACAAAGAUUUUAGUCUGCUCUUGGAUCUCAAGGCAUUCCCCGACUACACCAAGUCCGCACCUAUCAAGCGGGGGAUUCUGCGGGACGCGCUGGCUGCGCCCUUGGCGCAGGCGGGCGUGGUCAGGUACGAGAAGAGAUUCGUGAGGUACGAGAUUUUCGAUAAGGGGGGUCAGGAACGGGUACGGGUUGUCUUUGAUGACGGGUCGACUGAUGAAUGCGAUCUUUUGGUCGGCGCGGACGGGAGCAGUUCCAAGCAAUUGGGACUGAACAAUCUCACCGAAAUCAAGACUCAUGUCCAGUUACUAAUCAAACAAGAGCUUCCCACGGAGACGCUGCUUACUUUGGGCCGGGAGUUCACUUCUGGCCCUGUAUUGGCGUUCGCAGAUAAUAAGACAUUCUACUUCUCCGCAUACGUGCCGGAAGGGGGGGACAAGUCCUCCUUCGAUGAAUUCUCCUCCUGUUCUGUUGGCGGUGCAUUUCCCAUAGAAACGGCCCCAGCCGACCUGAAGGAUCGAAGUCCGGCCGAGAAGUGGAACUUUGUCUCGAAGGGUUUUGCAGAAUGGGCGCCUCAAUUUCACCAAGCUCUCGAAGUAGUUCGUCACUCCGAUUUUAUGGUGUACCCCGCUCGAACGAGCUCGCGUCCGACAAAGGACUGGAGACGGAAGGUCAAAUCCGAGCAUGAUCCAACAAAGGGCACUCCCCGAGUUUGGCUUUUAGGGGACGCGAUGCAUGCCAUGUUUCCGUAUAGAGGGCAAGGCGGUAACCAGUCCAUGCGAGAUGCCGCAAUGGCGCUUCCGUUACUUGUCCAACUUGCUGAGAGGGCAAGAUCCGGUGAGCUGAGUGACAAACAUGUCGAGGACGCAUGUGAAACAUUCGAGGGUGAGAUGAUUCCACGCACAUUCGAAUGGGUUCAGAAGAGUGGUGGAAAGGAAACCAUCCCUUUCGACUCUAGUAAAAUUGGCACACGGAUCCUAUUUGCCAUCGCUGCCAAGCUAGUUCUCUUCGCACCGUUGUGGGUUUCAGUCAAACGGCUGCUUGGGUUUUCUGAGCCCGUGAACCUGAAUGACGCUCCCGAGCUAAGAGAUUGA